AGAAAGAAGACAGAAUGGCCUUCCAUGCACCAACUCUAGCGCUACACAUACUCCUUGCUCUCCUCUCCACCUGCAUUGCGCAGUCCCCAAGCGCGUCUCCCACCUCCUCUGCCGCACCGCCGGCAUCUCCUUCCAUCGCCACCCCUCCGGCCGUUGCGACACCUCCGGUUACCACCCCUCCUCCCGUCGCCACACCUCCCCCCGUGGCCACCCCACCACCCGCCACCCCGACAAUGCCUCCUGCGACAGCCCCCACGUCGUCGCCACCUUCGCCAGUUGCUCCCGUAGCUGCUUCCACUUCUACUCCUACAGCGGCACCUGUGCCGGCUCCCGCGGCAGUUCCGCCAUCCCCGUCCACUUCUCCAUCGACGUCACCAUCCCCAACUCAAUCAACGUCACCUAGUUCGGGUCCCGAGGCGACCGCACCGUUGCCAUCGUCUCCCACCGGCAGCGGUUCGAGGGCGUACGUGCAUGGAGGCAGCAAGGUGGGACCGUUGGCGUUGGCUGGUGCAGUAGUGCUGCUGCUGUAGAGAAGCCUUUGUUCUCUUAGACUUGCAUGGGUGGCUUUUCAGUUCACGGAUUCUGUGUAUUUCUGCUGGUGUGAUAACUCAUCUUCAUCCUCAUCUCGGUUUACUUCGUUGAUUCUUGGAGCCAUUUGAGAGGAGAUCACUGGACACUGCACUUGUAUGAUUUAUUUGGGUUAUUUCAGUUUACAGAUUGUGUGUGGCGAUGU